AUGGUGUUUGUGGAGGGGUCUAAAGAGUCUGUUAAGGAAGCUCUAUCAGUAUUUGAUAAAUUUGCUGAUUGGUCUGGUCUGCAUAUCAGUAUAGCGAAGUCUACGUUAUACUUAGCGGGAGUUUCUGAGGAGGAGGAAGUAAGAAUUUUGUCAAAUUUCUCAUUUGCAAAAGGUGUGCUUCCUAUCAGGUAUCUUGGUCUCCCAUUAAUGACUAAAGCUAUGAGAAAGCAGGAUUAUUUCCCACUGGUUGAGAAGAUCAGAUGCCGAAUCAGUACCUUAACAAGUAAAUUUCUCUCUUACGCGGGAAGACUUCAACUGAUUAAAGCUGUGCUAAUGAGUUUGGUGAAUUUCUGGGCCACGGUCUACCUUCUACCCAGUAAGUGUAUUCAGGAAAUAGAAAGUCUCUGUGGAGCUUUUCUAUGGACAGGGCCUGAAUUAAAAGUCAUGGGAGCUAAGGUUGCUUGGAACGUUGUCUGUCAGACUAAGCAAGAAGGAGGAUUGGGUAUUAGAGCUCUCAAAGUCGUCAACAGAGUUAAUGUGUUAAAGCUUAUUUGGAGAAUGCUUUCGGGUGCUUCAUUGUGGGGGAAAUGGGUGGAGAGUAACUUGUUAAAACAUAAGACAUUUUGGGAGAUAAGUGAGAAAUCUCAAGUAGGCUCUUGGAUGUGGAGGAAGAUGGUAAAGAUGAGAGAUGUAGCCAGGUCUUUUCAUAAGAAAGAGUUGGGGAGUGGGGAAACGACUUCGUUCUGGUUUGAUGACUGGUCAAUAAGAGGAUCUCUCUUCACUCUGCUAGGCGAGAGAGGCAUAGUUGAUAUGGGUAUUAGCAGAGAAGCUACAGUUAAGGAAGCAGUAAGUGUUACAAGACAAAGGAGGCAUCGCUCUCAGUUGCUAAAUAACAUUGAGUCUGAUUUGGUUAUUGUUAAAGAGAAGCUGAGAGAUGAAGUGGAAGAUGUAAAUAUGUGGAGGAGGAAAACGGGUUUUAAACAGAAGUUCUCGACAUAUGAAACCUGGUUGUUAAUGAAAAUUGAAACGGGGAGAUGUGACUGGUCAAGAAGCAUCUGGUUCUCUCAAGCGACCCCAAAGUAUGCAUUCAUAGCCUGGUUAGCAGUAAAAGAUAGACUGUCUACGAUGGACAGAAUCUCCAAGUGGAAUCGGGAUGUUGAUGUGAUCUGUGUGCUCUACAUAUUGACCAUCAUCAAGGAGGAGAGAAUAGAAAUGAAGAAGAGAUUUUGUCUUAGAUAUGCUUUUCAGGUUACUAUCCAUGUCUUGUGGAGAGAAAGGAACAGGAUCAAGCAUGACGAGAAGCCAUUGCCGAUAGUAGCUGUUAUGAAGUUGGUGGAUAAGGGGAUGCGAAAUAAGUUGAGUAUUAUGAGAACAAAAGGAGUUAAAGGGUGGGAAGAAGGAUUACAAUUUUGGUUUAGCACAAGAGUUUAA